AUGCAGAGCGUGGAGGAGCUUGCUGCGUACUACGAAGCCAAGCCGCGACCCGAGUGCCCGAGCUGCCACUCGGCCGAGCGGGUGGCCUUCAUCGUCAUGGGUCGCCCCACGGCUAACCUGGUCGCCUACGCCGAGCGCCCCGACAGCCGCAUCCGGCUGGGUGGCUGCCUCGUGGACCCCGACAACAACCCCCGGCUCUACUGCCGCUCGUGCAAGCUCGCAUUCUAG